AUCGCAUCCAAUGAAAUCUAGAUACUUACAUUUAUUCAUUCCUCAAAUAAAAAACAAAAAGUAUUACUAGUAAUAAUAAAAACGUUUUUUAAAAGUAAAAUAUUACAAAAAAAAAACGCAAGCUCAAUCCCCAUAGCAUCAGCGGAGUCAACGCGAGUAAGCAGCUCGCGGUCAAAGAUUGGGGCGGAGGCGGCGGAGAUGGGGCUGCCGGAGCACGCUGCGACACCGUAUUUGGGGAUGGUGCUGGCUUCAACGGCGCAAGUAGGGCUGAUUAUCAUCAGCAAAAGCGCUCUGGCUUCCGGAAUGACUAAUUACACCUUCGUAGCUUACUCCAAUGCCCUCGCCGCCCUAAUUCUUCUUCCUUUAUCUCUCCUCGUUCACAGGUCAUCAAAUCGGCCGCCGCUGACAUUCCUGCUUGUUUGUGGGUUUUUUUCGUUAGGAGUUCUUGGGUGUUUGGCUCAGCUGACUGGAUACACUGGAAUCAGUUAUACUUCUGCUGAAUUCGCUUCAGCAAUGCUUAAUCUCAUCCCCGGAUUCACCUUUGUGCUUGCUGUCAUAUUCAGGAUGGAAGUGCUAAACUGUAGAAACUCGAGUUUUCUGGCAAAAACAUUUGGAACGGUCGUCUCCAUUUCUGGCGCCUUUGUUGUCACUCUGUACAAAGGCCCCGAAAUCUUCACUCAUCUGUUGUCUGCUAAUGUGGUAGCGCAGUCAAGAUGGGUUAUCGGAGGAUUAUUCCUUACUGCAGACUGUGUCGUUGCUUCAGCCUACAUAAUUGUACAGGCAUCGAUUCUUAAGAAAUACCCAGCAGAGCUGGUUGUAGUAUUCUUUUACUGCUUCUUUGCUGCCAUUCUGUCCACAUUCGUGUCUCUGAUUACUGACCGAGACCUAAGUGCUUGGUCGUUGCAGCCUAAUAUCCGACUGAUUGCUGUUCUGUAUUCGGGAGUGUUUGGUUCUGCAUUCCAAGUCGGUGUAACUUCAUGGUGUCUGCGCAAAAAGGGUCCUCUUUUCGUUGCAAUGUUUCAUCCAUUGGGAAUCGUGAUAUCUGCUGUGCUCGGUCUUAUCUUCUUGGGUGAUAUACUGUAUCUUGGAAGUGUGUUGGGGUCAAUUGUCAUCGUUAUCGGGUUCUACUCGGUGAUGUGGGGAAAGGCAAAAGAAGUUAAGGGGACUGAGAACAGCAACGAUGGAAGCUCUGCAACCAAUACUGCGAAAGCCCCUCUUCUGCCAGUCGAGGAUGAACAGACAACAGUUUAGUGUCGAUAGACAGAGCUUGAUUCCAUUCACUUGCUAAUAUAAGGAGGGUCAACAGCCCAAAGCUGGAGAGAGUCGACGUCUCUGUGAAGGAGGAGACAUGUUUGACAAGUAUUUCCCUUUCCUAUCCUUUCACACACAUGAAGUGUCAUGCCUCAUCAUGUAUACUAUAUGCUUUUUUUUUUCUCUUGUACUCUGUCAAACCUCUCUCGAACAUUCGCGGAUGAACUGCAUCUUGUUCUACAUGAUAUGACUAUUUUUGGUGAAUAACUCAGUCUUGGCUGCAGGUGGAAGAAGUCAGAAUAGUGAGACAUAUUGUCUAAACAUGGGAAGCAUGAUCUUGAAACUCUUUGUUUUGAAUGGAUUCAAAUCUUUGUAGUAUUUUAUUGUUGAAGAUUUUACACCUAUGUAUGUUAUUUACUUUCAAGAGUAUCUGUGACUCUGAAAAUUCUAAGCAGUAGUGGUGGUGGGAAGUUUUUAUCUCUGUAAAAUGUGUGUAAAGCUUGAAUUUUUAUCUUUUGAAAUCUAUAUACUAUGAUUUUUACCUGA